GGGUGGAGCUGGAGUCUCUGCGGGCGCUUGCCCGUCGUGUCCCGGGGCUCUUCUCGGCUCCGCUCCCGCUCCUAUGCGGGCUGCGGCCGCUGCGUUCGCAGCACCCUGGGCCCUCGCGGGCGGCCCCUCUGGCCGGUGGGUCGCGUCCCUCCGAGCGCGCCCCGGCCCCGCCGGCGCUGCUCCAGAGCGCCAUGAGCUCGGAGCCGCCCCGCGCCUCGCUAUUCCGGGCCCUCUUUAAGAUGGAGCCGGCGGCAGCCGCCUCCGAAGUGCUUUUGGGAGCCUCGGAGUUCGUGAAAGAUCGGCUGUACUUCGCUACUUUACGCACUAAACCGAAAAGUACCGUAAAUACCCACUACUUCUGUACCGAUGAGGAGCUAGUCUAUGAAAAUUUCUAUGGAGAUUUUGGACCAUUAAAUUUGGCAAUGUUAUACAGAUACUGCUGUAAACUAAAUAAGAAAUUAAAGUAUUUCAGCCUCUCAAGGAAGAAGAUUGUGUACUACACCAGCUUUGACCAGCGGAAGCGAGCGAAUGCAGCGUUUUUAAUAGGUUCAUAUGCUGUUAUAUACUUGAAGAAAACACCAGAAGAAGCUUACAGGACGCUUGUAUCAGGAUCUAAUCCACCAUAUCUUCCAUAUAGGGAUGCUUCAUUUGGGAGCAGCACAUACAAUCUUACCAUCUUGGACUGUUUACAGGGAGUAAAUAAGGCCUUGCAGCAUGGAUUUUUUGACUUUAAGACAUUUGAUGUGGAUGAAUAUGAACACUAUGAGCGAGUGGAAAAUGGUGACUUCAACUGGAUUAUUCCAGGAAAAUUUUUGGCUUUUAGUGGACCACACCCGAAAAGCAAACUUGAAAAUGGUUAUCCUCUUCAUGCACCUGAAGCCUACUUUCCUUAUUUCAAGAAGCAUAACAUCACAACAGUCAUAAGACUAAACAAAAAGAUCUAUGAGGCAAAACGCUUUACUGAUGCUGGUUUUGAGCAUUAUGACCUGUUCUUCAUUGAUGGCAGCACACCAAGUGACAGUAUUGUCCAGAGGUUCCUGAACAUCUGUGAAAAUGCUGAUGGUGCCAUUGCUGUUCAUUGUAAAGCUGGCCUGGGGAGAACAGGAACACUGAUUGCCUGUUACAUCAUGAAGCACUACAAGUUCAGACAUGGUGAAGCCAUUGCUUGGAUAAGAAUAUGUCGCCCAGGCUCUAUUAUAGGACCCCAGCAAAACUUCUUGGAAGAGAAGCAAGAAAUGUUAUGGAGGGAGGGAGAGCUCAUCCGAUCAAAGCAGAAACAGCAAGGAGGAGUCGUUGAUGGAAACAUUAACAGAGUUCUUUCUGUCUUAAAUGACAUUUCCAUCACUGACAACCUGAACAAAGCACCAGAUUUGGAUCAAUUCAAGGAGAAUGAUUCUGAAGACAAGGAUGUGGAAGCUCAGAAUGGGAUGACACAGGGAGAUAAGCUGAAUGCCUUAAAAAGUCGUAGACACCCUUCUUCUGCUACAACUGGAGCUCUCAGGCUGCAAGACUUGAAACUGAGCACCUGGUCAAUAUCACAACCCUUCAGACUGAGUACUUCAGGUGGCACAGAAAGAUCCAAGGCCUCCAGAGUGAUGGCACUCAGUUCACCAUCUGCAGAAAGAAUAAGCAGAAUUGCCGCGUCCUCAGGCGCUACCCUUAAAAGCGUUUCCAUAAACUCCAGACUAGCCAGUUCUCUAGGGAACCUGUAUGCUGCUUCAGAUGCUGAUGAGAGCAAUGAGACAUCAUCGUCCUCUAGGACAGGUUUUACUGUAAGCCAUAUCUCCAGUCACCUGAAUGGCAGCUUGCAGCUGCCACACAGAAAAAACCAUGAACUGAACAACAACUUAUACAACAGCAGCAGCAGUAGUGGCAACAAUCUGAGCAGCACAAGCAGUUUGCACAGCGCCGUGACAGAUGAGUAUGCACCAGCCUACCUUUAUGGGCCUUACAGCCCCUCCAGCACCAUGCCAGAGGCCAUUCCUUCCCUUCAGUCUGGGUAUGUUCAGUACUAAGGCCUUGCUGCUUUGGUGAAACCUGCUGAGCUCUUCAAAUCAAUGUCCUUCAUGAUGGAAAAGAACUGAAGCAGCUGCUCAUUAAAAGGAGGAACCUUCAAUACAAGAUGUAUUAAUCCCUUAACACCAAGAGGAGACUUCUUAACGGGCAGAAAUUUAUUGUUAAUGACUACUGCAGAUGCACUGAAGUUGAAUUUAUGGAAAUUACUACCCAUGUUAUAUACAAAUUUAAAUUUUUUAUGUUGAGACAGCUUGAAUAUAUUUCUAAUGAGUUUCAUUAUGGCAUUUAUUAACUUGUGUACAGUGUUAAAAUAUGUAUUAAGAGAAUAUUUUGGUAAACUAUAUAUAAAAAUUAUGUAAAAACUAGAAUAUAUUUUAAUUUAGGGUCUACUUUGCUACAAAAUUGUGUGUUUUAAAGAAUUUGUACAUGUUUAUCAAAGAUAUAAUUUUUUCUAUGAACAAGAGAUUUUUCUUGUUUUAUGGGUCCGUCAUUAUUUCUUAGAGCCUAAUGUAAUUUACUUUUUUACUAAUUGGUCUUCGGGUAAUUGGAUGGAAGUCUAACUAGUGAGAGAUUUGUUAUUACAAUAUCAAGUAAUUGAUACAUAGUGUGCUUUCCACUUCCGGCUGCUAAUGUUUCUUAAGGAAACACAAUGAAAGAAAAAUAAAGGGAAAAUAUUUGUUGAUAUGUGAUGUAAUUACAUCUUCUACUGCAACACAGAAGUAAUUUAUGUGAUGACUGAAUUGUACAAUUAAUGCUCUUUCAAUUUCUUAAAGGAUUUAUGUUUUGUUUUCAAUGUGGAGUGUUAACUUUUGCUAUGCAAUAUAUGCUGCAAAAAUGAAGGCAGACCAAACUGGAGUUGGUAAAAAUGUACAAUGAAUUAGGUAGCACUGCAUACUUGCAUGAUUUUAACCUGUAUUUGGCAGUAUGUGUACCAUUUCCUUAGCAGCACACAGUAUAUGUUGGUCAUAUGUUCAAUUUUUAUCUAGCAACCGGAUGCUUUGUACCUGUACAUUUGUUGUUAAGCUGAGAUAGCCUCCUUUCAUGGAAGGUUUUUGUCAUAGUAAAGAUGCUCUUUACUCUGUAGAACAUACAGGUAAGUCAGCUGUGAUUAGGAAUGAGGCUUAGGAUGAAAUGGUGUUACAGGGAGGUACUAAAGAUCAUGUGUAAAAUUUUCAGAACUCACAAGUGCAUUGUAAGGAAAAGAAUUUAAGCAACUGUGAGGAUUUUAUUUUCCCCUCAUGUACAAGACAAAACCAAAACAGAUUUGUUACCUGUUUGUUUUUCCAAUAGCAGCAGAAACUUAAAACUUAGUUGAGUUGUCAGUCUCUGUUCCUGAAGACAUGUGAAUACCCUGCAUUUGCUUUACAAAUGAAGUUAAGUGCUACAUCAGUUUUUAAAAGAUGAGAUCACAAAUUGCUAUGGAAAGUUGUACUGAAAGUGUUCAAAAGCAAUACCAAGAGCAGCUAUAAAAAUCAAAAUCACUGAGUAAAUUUAACAUGCAAUACUGUACAUUUUUGCAACUGUGUAUAUGUAACAUAUACACACAAAGUAGCAUGUGUGUGUAUAUAUACAAUAUAUUGUAUAUGAAUUCUAGAUUAAUAAGGUAAUUCUACCUCUCAUAAAGAAUUUUCUCAUUUACUUUGUUAUAAAUAGUUUUCCUUAAUAAAAUACUGAUUAAUUUUGAAAUGUAGAUAUAUAUAUAUAUAUACAGCUAAUUGAUAAUAAAAUGCCUGUAUAAGCCAGCUUCCUUGUUUCUUGGUUUUUUCCUAGAUCUUUUGAUGAUUUGAUCUCUAACUGAAGAUAACUUUUCAAAGUCACCUUCUUCCCUGUAAACCAUGUAAUGUACUUAAAAGUAGGAUAACACUGCAAAAGGCCAUUAGCAAGACAGAUACCUCUUUUAACAAUCUCUCUAAACUUUGUUGGUUAUGUUUAUGCUUUGUAUAAUGCCAGGUAUUUGAUCAACAUGUUGAUAUUAUGAUGAUGGCAUUAUAUUUCAAAAUACAGUGAUUUCAAAGCUGUGUCUGAA